AUGGGGAAAUUAGCCGUUGCAGUUAUCACGAGCUUGUGGGUGAUUCCCAUGUCGAUUAUCGUCAAUCACAUUGUUCCCGAACCCUACAUGGACGAGAUUUUCCAUGUGCCUCAGGCUCAGCAAUAUUGUAAUGGGAAUUUCAAGAGCUGGGAUCCAAUGAUCACUACCCCACCUGGAUUGUACUAUCUUUCACUAGCACAUGUUGCUACUUUGUUUCCAGGAAUGUUGUUGAUGGAAAAUACUAAGUCAUUUGCAGGAGCUUGUUCUACGUCUGUCCUGCGUUCUACGAAUUGCGUUUUUGCCGUAUUGUGUGGAGUUCUAGUGUAUGAGAUAAUCAGAUUCUUGGGGCCAAAUCUCAGUGAUAGAAAAGCAACUUUAAUGGCGUUAGUCAUGUCGCUUUACCCUCUCCAUUGGUUCUUCACUUUCCUGUAUUAUACAGAUGUUGCGUCUCUAACCGCGGUUCUUGCCAUGUACCUCGCUUGUUUGAGAAAAAGAUUCAUGCUCAGUGCAUUGUUUGGCACUUUAGCAGUUUUUGUCCGACAAACAAAUGUAGUCUGGAUGCUUUUCGUUGCUUGCUCAGGUAUUAUAGACUUCACUCUUGACUCGUCGAGGCAAAAAGAAAAACAAGAAGUAAAUCAAGAUUUGCAUCAGCCCGUUGAUAGGAAAGGAGAAACUCUGAGAUCAAAUCUUAGAAAAAGAAAAUCUGAUAGCAGCUCGGAUUCUAGAUACCGUUUAAACCUCGGUAAAAUGAUUUCUUCAACAGAGGAUACUUCAGGCUUGGUCUAUGAAAUUUUUGCCGUAAUCUCAACAUCUUGGACUAUGAAGUGGGAGAUUUUGGUCAAAUUCAGCCCUUUUAUCGUCGUUGUGGUGGGAUUUGGUAUUUUUAUCCUUUGGAACGGCGGUGUGGUCCUCGGUGCAAAAGAGGCUCAUGUAGUUUCACCGCAUUUUGCGCAGAUAAUGUAUUUUAGCCUCGUCUCUGUUCUUUUCACCGCUCCCUUACACUUGUCAGUAGAUCAACUGAGAAAUCAGUUCCAAAAGCUACAUAGAUAUUGGCCCUUAAGCUUUCUACCAACUCUUGUGGCUCUACUAGCCGGAUUGGCCUCUGUACACUUUUUCAGCUUGGCUCAUCCGUAUCUUCUCGCCGAUAAUCGCCACUAUCCCUUCUAUCUUUGGAGGAAAAUUAUCAACGCUCAUUGGUUGAUGAAGUACCUUAGCGAACUUGACUUGGUUCUUUCUCAAUCCAAUAGCGAAAACUCGAAGGAAGAUCUGGGUCUUGGUCUAUUUCUUAGCUACAUGCGGCGUUCUUGUUCCUACGCCAUUGAUCGAGUUCAGAUAUUACACCAUUCCGUUUUACCUCUUCAUGCUUCACUCCUGUGUCAGAAGCAACGCUUGCGCAACUUGGCUUCUCAUUGGAACGAUAUUCGUCUGUAUUAA